AAGGGGUUCGCAACUGGAGAUUUGGAUGAAGAUGCUUGGUCCAUAAGAUAUUUCUUCCGAAAUACUUCGUUAGAGAUGCUGGUGGCGCAAUCCUUCUCCAAGAACUUUGAUCUGCACGGGAAGCGUAUAGGCGCGCUUCACGUCGUGUGCCGGACAGAUGACACUCGAACAAAAAUCGUCAACAUGCUCACACGUCUAUCUCGCGCUGAGAUUACUACUUGUCCUAUAAAUGGUUCCAAAAUUGUGGCAAAGGUGCUUGGAAAUAAGGACCUGAAGGCGCAGUGGCAACUCGAUUUACUCCAGAUGAGUGAUCGCAUGAGGAGGAUGCGACGAAGGCUAGUAGACGAAUUUCGAAAAUGUCAAACCCCAGGCCAAUGGGAUUAUAUAUUGACAGAUGUGAAUAUUGGUAUGUUCUCGAUGACCAGUUUGCAACCGGAUCAAAUCCGCAUAUUGCGAGAAGUGUACCAUGUAUAUCUCCUGCCUUCGGGAAGAAUAUCCAUGACAGGCUUGACGGAGCAUAACGUGGAACAUGUUGCGGAAGCAUUUCACAAGGUCAUUUCUGAUGCCGCCCCUGUGAUCCAGCCCUAA